AUAAAUAAUAAUAUUAUAUUUGAAAAUCAAGAUCAGAUUGAAUUACUUACAAUUCAUAUAUAUGAUGAUGCUAUAAAAGAACGUAAAGAAGAAAGAUCAAUGAAAAAUCUUAAAAUAAUUGGAGUACAAAAACAAAAUUUACAUUCAACAAAAGAUUAUUUGGAUGUAUUAAAAAUAAUUACUUCAAUAGAAUCAUUACAACAAUAUCUUCAAGACAAUGUUAUACCAAUAAUUGCAGAUUGGCCAGGACAAUAUUUUAUUUGA